GGCGCGCGCAUCGCGUCUGACACAUCGUUCUUUUCCCGCCUUUUUGGACCGAGAAAAUCACGUUCGGAAUUUUGAAAAUAGAACAUACUGUUCUGGAUUAAAAGUUACCUUAGUGAAGAACUCGCCGCACCAGAGAGCCAUGCGCCGCAUCUCCCCCCACAACCCGGUGCGCCGGCGCCUCUUCCCAGAGGCGCAUUUAGAAGAAGAAGCUCGUAUGGACAACUGUGCCAACGUGCUCCAAGAAUCUAUAGCAAGGGACCAAGCUGCAAUGACAAAGAAGUACAACUUCGACUUCGCAACUGAGACCGCGUUACCAGGCGACUGGGACUGGUCUACUCGUGACGGCGAGAACUGGAUAGGAUUCAAACCGAACGCAAUAGAAACUAUACAAAAAGAUAAAGACUGUGUCGACAUAAAACUAGAAAAUGAGACUACUCCUAAAGAAAAACCUGAUAAGGAUCUGCCUUCUGUUAGAAAGAGGAAGAACGAUGCGGUGGCUAGUGACAGUGGAGCGAGAAGGAAGAUCAGUUUCGAUUAAAAUGGAAAUUUGAGGUUAAGGUUGUCACACGCUUAUGAAGUGCCACAUAGAGUUUCAUAGGAUAUUAAAAUUCCUCUUAGUUCUGUUUCAAUCUUCCAUGCAUUUCUAAGUAAUGCAGUACUUUUUAUUUAAAAAUAUGCUCUUGUCGAAAUUACUUCUGGGGAUAAAUGAAUUAGUGACCGUCAAACCGAGUUGGUGAUAACUAUUGGGAUUUUUUCUCAUCAAUGAUAAAAAAAUGUAACGCAAAUAUUCCCAGUAGGUAACAAAACUUAGUAAUUAGUGAGAAGCAUUUGUGAAUUUCAGUUGUAUCUCGAGCAUUUGAAUUUUUAUUGGCUUUAAAAACCGCCUAAAAUUAUGGUAUUAAUUUUAACACUUACUAAAACUAUGAAAACUGAUUAAACUGUAGAAUACUAUACCCACUACCUACAUGACUUGUCUUAGUCGUUUUAGUUUAAGUCUUCUAUUUAUUUGUAUAAAGACUGUUUUGUGUAAAGUUUUGUAGAAAUAUUUAUUUAAAAUCGUAGUUUUAAGUAUGUAUUGAUUCCGCUACAUAGCAUCACAAUUUAGUAGCAUAGGUAUAGUUAUUUUUUUAUUUAUUAGAAUUGAUAAAAUUCAAAGGUUUGAUAGUUGCUGUAAUGUAACUUUAAUUUCUGCACAGUGCGGUUGGCGCCUAUACAUAGACAUGUAAA